AUGGCAGAACGUGUUCCUCUCAUCCUUGGGUCUGUUUUCGUCACGGUGUUGGUCUAUGAGUUCUUCAAACCAAAGAAUGCCUUCGGCGAUGUACCUGGCCCGAUUUCACGCUCAUGGAUUUUUGGCAACAUGCUCGAACUCCAACUCUACUCGCCUUACGGGCAGCACGAGUUCGAGUGGCAGAAGCAGUUCGGGCCCGUGUACAGCAUCAAGGGCUGCAUCAGGGAGGAGCGCCUUAUGGUAUCUGACACCACUGCACUGUGGGCGAUCUUGGCAGACACUGGCGACUUCAGAAAAUCACCCCAGCACCAGCUCAUAAACAAGGAGGUCUUCGGCAACAGAAGCAUCCUUUAUGUACAUGGUGAAAAGCAUCGGCAUAUCUGUGCUGUGAUGAACCCGGCGUUUUCGACCGCGACUAUUAGAGCUCGCGUAUCCUCUCUCCAGGCAUGCGCACAACACUUAUCAGAGAAAUGGGAAGCACGCCUCGAAUCUCAGUCUGUCGCAGGCAUAUUCGAUAUCUUCCAGGAUAUACACGAAACGACUCUCAGCGGAGUUACCGACGCUGUCAUGGGUUAUGAUGUUGCCAAUGACAAGGAGUUUACCAAGGCGUACAAGAAUCUCGUAAUUACUGGCGCGAAGAGAUCGAAAAUAGCGAUCGUCGCACACGCGGUGCUUCUGGCUCUUCCGUCGUGGGCCAUCGACGUCCUCAAGCUCUUCCCACCUAGAGAGUUCAAAACUCUGCUUAAGCACUGCCACGCAUCUCAGAGACGUGCCGAUGUUUUCUUGAAGAGCCAGAUCGAAGCGAGGAAACUUGGAAUAGAACCAGAGAACGACCUUUUCAACGUGAUGCUCGACUCCCAUAAGGCCUCCGCAGAAGUUUCGUUGCAGGAAAUUAAGGAUCAAUUCGGCACCAUCACCGUCGCAGGAGAGGAUACGACUGCCAAUUCCAUCGUGUGGGCUCUUUACCAGCUCGCCAAGAACCCGGAAUACCAGAAGAAGAUACGUGAAGAAUUUGUUGAAGCCCAAGAGAGCAAGAGGAAGGAAGGACUCGAAUUCUACGAGAGCUUGCCCUUCCUCAAUGCCCUGGUCAAGGAAACUCUAAGGUUCUAUAGCAUGGUCCCUUACUCGGAACGUAUUGCGAUCAAGGACACCGUCAUCCCUGUCUCUCAGCCCAUUACCACCCGAAGCGGACAGCAGAUCACCCAAAUUCCAGUCAAGAAAGGACAGUACGUCCAAAUCGCGAUAAGCUCCUACCAUCGUCUACCGUCUCUCUGGGGCCCUGACGCGGAGGAAUUUAACCCCGUGCGCUGGCUCGAUGACAGGACAAAGCUUGGAGAUAAAGCCCUGGGGCCGUAUGCCAACCUGCUUACGUUCUUGGGUGGUCCCCGUACUUGCCUUGGAUGGUGUUUCGCCGUUCUCGAGAUGCAGAUCGUGCUGUGCGAGCUUGUCAGGAAGUUCAAUCUUGGACUGCCAGAGAAUUCCAUUAUUGAGCCUGCCCACGCGAUCUCUUUAGUCCCCAUCCACAAUCGCGGCAAUGUGGAGCUCCCUUUGUGUAUCUCAUGCAUUUAG